UUUUGUGAAUCUUGUUGUUGUAUUUGAUCAAUAUUUAAUCGCUUAAAUUUAUUAAUAAUUUAAUCCGGAUCUUGUAUAUUUUGUCCGUUGAAAAUACGAAUCUCUCGAGGAUUCAGUGCCCUUUAUGUGGAAUUUAUUUCUGUAUUCGUCAGAAUGUUGAGGAAUACUAUUUACAAAUCAGCUUUAUUUUAUUUGUUCUUAUUGGUCAUGAACGGUGUGAUUGGUGAUCCAGAUGAAGUGAAGGCUUUACUGAAGUCAGUGUCAGUGAUGGAGGGAGAUUCUGUUACUCUAAACACUGAUAUUACUGACAUACAGAGAGAUGAUCAGAUAUUGUGGAUGUUUGGACCUAAAGAGACUCGCAUAGCUGAAAUUUAUAAGCAAGGCAUUGAUAUGUUUAGUAGUAAAGAGCCAUUUGGAGACCUGAGACUUUUACUGGACAGUCAGACUGGAUCUCUCACCAUCAGAAACAUCAGAACUGAACACACUGGACUUUAUAAACUACAGAUUCGAAGUGACAGAGGAAAUUCAGACAAGAGAUUCAAUGUUACUGUCUAUGCUCCUCUACCCGUUCCUGUCAUCAGCAGUAACUCUUCACAUUGUUCAUCAUCAAUCUCAAACUGUUCCUUAUUGUGUUCAGUGUUGAAUGUGAGAGAUCUGAGAGAUGUGAGUCUGUCCUGGUAUAAAGGAAACAGUUUAUUAUCCAGCAUCAGUUUGUCUGAUCUCAACAUCAGACUCUCUCUACCUCUGGAGGUGAAAUAUCAGGAUAACAACACAUACAGCUGUGUGGUGAACAAUCCCAUCACAAACCAAACUCAAUAUCUCAACAUCAAUGAUGUCUGUGUGCCGUGUUCAGAGGAACAUUUACAGACGGUGAUGCUUGCAGCAAUUAUUUCUUUGGCAAUUAUUUUGAUUGUACUAGCAGUUAUAAUGUUCAUAAGGUGGAAGAUCAAAAGAGAACAUGAAGAAGGCAAGCGUCAACUCCAUUUACUUUAUUGCGUUUUAUAUAAAGCAACUUCUCACCUUUGCAUUAUCUUUCAGAAAGCUAAUGGUACUGAGGAAACUAUAUAUUCCAGCGUCGUCACAGGUAGAGAGAGUCUGAUGUUGAGAUCAGACACACUGAUGCUGGACAAUAAACUGUUUCCUUUGUACCAGGACAGACUCACGUCUGUUACAUUUGACACUGAACAUAGCAAGGAACAAUUUAAACUUGAUGAUGAUGAUGAUGAAGAACAUUGUGAUGAGUCUCUGAUGAUGACAGGAACGGGUGUGUUUGGUGUUGAUGGAGAUGAAGUGAAGUCAGUGUCAGUGAUGGAGGGAGAUUCUGUUACUCUACACACUGAUAUUACUGAAAUACUCAGUCGUGAUCACAUAUUGUGGAUGUUUGGACCUCAAGAGACUCGUAUAGCUGAAUUGUAUAAGCAAAGCAUUGAUAUGUUUGAUAGUAAUAAGAUAUUUGGAGACAGGAGAUUAUUACUGGACAGUCAGACUGGAUCUCUCACCAUCAGAAACAUCAGAAAUGAGCACUCUGGACUUUAUAAGCUACAAAUUCGAAAAACCUCCAUCCGGGCAUUUUCCACUGCUCUGUUUGAACGUGUGUUUGGUGUUGAUGAAGUGAAGUCAGUGUCAGUGAUGGAGGGAGAUUCUGUUACUCUACAAACUGAUAUUAAUGAAAUACAUCAACGUGAUCACAUACUGUGGAUGUUUGGAUCUAAUGAGACUCGUAUAGCUGAAUUGUAUAAGCAAAGCAUUGAUAUGUUUGAUAGUAACAAGACAUUUGGAGACAGGAGACUAUUACUAAACAGUCAGUCUGGAUCUCUCACCAUCAGAAACAUCAGAACUGAACACACUGGACUUUAUAAACUACAGAUUCGAAGUGACAGAGGACAUUCAGACAAGAGAUUCAAUGUUACUGUCUAUGGGCUUCUGCCCAUUCCUGUCAUCAGCAGAGACUCUUCACAAUGUUCUUCAUCAUCAUCAUCAUCAGAAAGAUCAUCAAGCUCAAAAUGUUUGUUAUUGUGUUCAGUGUUAAAUGUGAGAGAUGUGAGUCUGUCCUGGUAUAAAGGAAACAGUUUAUUGUCCAGCAUCAGUGUGUCUGAUCUCAACAUCAGACUCUCUCUGGAAGUUAAAUAUCAGGAUAACAACACAUACAGCUGUGUGGUGAACAAUACCAUCACAAACCAAACUCAACAUCUCAACAUCACUCAUCUCUGUCAGCCGUGUCCAGAGCAAAGCCAUGUGAACCGUGCAGCAGUUAUUCCUGUGGUAGUAGUUCUCAUGAUUUUACUUGUAGUUUUGAUUAUACUGUGCAGGAAGUACAAAAGAAAACCUAAGAAAGGCAAGUGUCAACUCCAGCUAUACUUUUAAAAGCAUGAAUUAAAAAUAGGUAAUUUGUUAAUAUUUUUAUUUCUUACAAUUGAUAUAAAUUAUUAAGAUGGAGGUAUUACCUUUUGUGUGCCUAAGGUUUUGAAGCAUAUGAACAUGGUGUUCAGGGGGAAGAGGUACAUUAUGCUGAAACAGUGUUUCGUAAGAAAACUGACGAUCCAGAAGAAGUAAUUUAUUCCAGAGUCGUCGUAUGAGACGGAUCAAUAAGCAGAACUCAUUUCACGUGAAUAUGUCUGGAUUAAGAAGAAGACUUUUAAAACCAUUUUUAUAGUUGGACUUCUUAGGUGGAAAAGCCAGCUAGUCUGAAACAGGAAAAACAGAACUGGCAUUUGCAUCAGUUUGAAUGUGUGCCUUAGACGUGCGUGCACUUUUAUUUGCAUGCAGUCAUGA